AAAGGACCCGCUGGUCAAAUGAUGCUGUCUUCAUUUUAAUUUUGAGAGACAGAGUCGUGUUAGGUUACUCCUACGCCCAUUCGCAUUUCUCAUAAAAAUAAAAAUAAUAAUAAAAGAAAAAAGAAAAUAUCUUAGCAGAAAGCAGAGACAGAGCCACCAACCAAAACAAGAAGAAGAAGAUGGAGAUGACGAGUAUGAGAAUGAGGGCCGCAAUCCCCUUAAGGCCCACACCCUCCAUUAAUGUUGCUCCUCCUUUCUCCGCUUCCACUUCGUCCUUCUGUUCCGCCAACGUUGCACUCUUCAGGAGAGCUUCUUUAGCUCUCACUGCUCCAACCACCAUCAGAAAGAAGAGGGGUCUCACCUGCAACGCCCUCUUUGGCCUCGGCGUCCCCGAGCUCGUUGUUAUUGCCGGUGUCGCCGCCCUGGUCUUCGGCCCCAAGAAGCUCCCCGAGGUUGGUCGCAGCAUCGGCAAAACUGUUAAGAGCUUCCAACAGGCAGCAAAGGAGUUUGAGUCAGAGAUUAAGAAGGAUCCUGAGUCCCCAGGAGAGGGUCCAUCAGAGGAAAAGCCUGUUGCUCUGAGUGAACAGGAGGAGAAGAAGCAAGGCAUGGAGGUGUCUAGUUCUAAGGAUAGUGUGUGAACCGUGUAGUGUGUAUCAACAUAUUAUGAUUAAGUAAUGCACCAAAUUUUCACCAUGGCAUCAAUUGUGCGUUUUGGGAACACCAUUCUUAUCUUAUUGAGACCAAGUCUUAGUUCUUCAUUUUUCA